CUUCUCUCUCCCUCUCACGCCAAGUCUUCUCUAAAUCUCCCUCCUCUUCCUCCCAACAACUGCCGUCUUUCAUUUGCAGAGAAACGGUGAAAUUCGUAUCGGCGGUAUCUCUCUCUUUCUCUCUCCACUACUGUAUUCCUCUCUCUCCACAGUCGUCAUGGCGGAAAAAGGACUCCCAUUGCCAAAGUUCGGCGAGUGGGAUGUCAAUGAUCCAGCUUCUGCUGAGGGAUUCACAGUGAUUUUCAACAAAGCUAGAAAUGAGAAGAAGACUGGUGGCAAGCCGGAGUCACCACCAAAGAGUGAUUCUGAGUUUAAACAUAGAGCUGUGCUUGGAAAGCCUCAAUCAAAGAGAUGGUUCUGCUGUAUGCAAUCAGCUUCUGCUGAAUCCUGAGCUUUUCCAGCAUCUUUUUCUCUGUAAAAGAAAAGAGCCAUUGGCUGAAAGCAUGUCCUGCAUUGCACGUGUGUUCCACUAGUCUGGAUGGAGCUUUGCGACAAGUCAUAACGGAGUUUGUUCUGGUUUGUGUUUUGGAAUGUAAUUUGACAUAUGGGUUUUUGUAAGAGGAAUGAUGGGUGGUGGUGUUCUAUUUGUUUAAUUAAUAUAUUAAUAUAUUCCUUGUCUAACUUCAUUGUUAUCACGGCUACUUAUUUUUAUGCUUCACUUUUAAAUC